CGGGAGGUACUCGGUCACCGCCGCGGCUCUGCCCCUACGGCUAAAGCAGCAACUAGAGGGCUUUUCUUACAGUAGAAAGAAAAAAUAGCCAUGGUCGUCUAAAUUCGCUCUAACAGCUGGUUCUCAUGCCGUAGCAUCUCGAGAGAGUCGUCAAACCCUCAGCAGAGCCUUAGUUUCCCACUGGCUGGCACUCCAGACCUGAGUACACACUCCUUGCUUUUGGGGCAGAAAAGCAAGAAAAGCAGUCUGAGUUGUCUUUCAGUCCAUCUCCAUAAGCAACUUGGAAUCUCCACUGAUGCGUGAAGUCCCAGAGCGCCAAGGCAGCAGCACAGACAGUUCUGCAAGCAGUUUGGGAAGCUCUGUCACAGCAUGUAAGAAGAUUCUCUGCAGUAACAGUCUGCUAGAAUCAACAGACUACUGGCUGCAGAAUCAGAGGACACCAUGCCAAAUUGGCUUUCUAGAAGACAAGUCGGAAAGCAGCUGUGCCUCAGUUUGUUUUGUGAAUUUAGAUGCCAACAGAGAUGAUUGCAGCGAUGAGCAAGUGAAACAGAAGCUGAUCAGUGUCUCACCCAGCCUCCCCAAACUGAUCAGUUCGAUGAACGUACAGCCACCGAAGGAAAAUGAAAUUGUCCUGCUCAGUGGAUUGACAGCAGGAAACCUCCAGGCUGAUUAUGAGGUUCCCCAGUGUCCUUGGCUGGCAGAUGUCUGCUUGGUUCAGUGUGCGAGGGGGGACAGGAGGAACAGCGCAAGCUGCAUCAUUUUUGAAAUAAACAAGUUUCUGAUUGGACUUGAGCUCGUUCAAGAGAGGCAGCUGCAGACUGAAACUCGUGUCCUAAAGCCUGAGGAUGACACAAACUGCUCUGUGUCCUCAAUAGAAGAAGAUUUCCUCACAGCCUCCGAGCACCUCGAGGAUGACAACGAGGCUGAUGAAUAUAAAGCUGGUCAUGAAAAAUUAAAUGUUUCAGAAGCAUCUUCAGAUGUCAAAAAAAGUAAAGGAAAGGGAUUUGAAAACAUUCACUAUAGAAAAGCCAGGUUGCCAUUCAUUCUUGAAGGGAACUGCAUUAAUAAAGAUAAUGCAGCUGCUCAGGUCUCUGAAACUGUGAAUGUUUUGGCUGAAGAUGGCAUCUCACAACCUGAAGCUAAGUCAGACCAGGAAAUACUGUGGCAGAAGGAAUUAGCUGAAAAAGGUACUUCAUCAUUUAGUACUACUAAUUUGACUAGCGGCAGUGAAAACUCAGCAGUUGUGUUAGAAGAUGUAUCUGUAACCAAAAUGGCCAAAGAGGAGCCUCGGGGUGACCCCACAGCAAAACACAGCAGCAAGGCAGACGGGGAAGAUUGUGCAGGUAUCAGGAAAACUGAUCCUCCCUCCCAGAAUGAGCAGGCGACCACAGGCCAGUACGCCACAAAUUUAGCAGAAUCUGUUCUGCAGGAUGCAUUCAUUAGACUGUCACAGUCUCGACCCAGUUUCAGUGAGGAGGCUGCAGUCAGCAUCUCUGUGGGAAGCUCCUGUAAGUCAGAAGAUGCAUCUGCUUCCCGAUCAUGGAAUGAACUCCCAAAGAUUGUCAUAGUGCAAAGUCCAGACAGCUCUGAGAAUGUACCUGACUGGCCAGGGUCUGCCUUCCCCAGCCUGAGCCACUGGGCUGAGGCAGAAAGCUCUGCUGAAGUUUCAGAUUACUUUGAGGAAGAACACUCAAAUGGCCAUGACCAAAGUGCACUGGAAGUGGCUCUGGCUUGUGCAGCCACUGUCAUUGGAACCAUUUCCAGUCCCCAGGCUGCAGAAAAGUUCCGCCGGGAGCAGGAAGCCGCAGACUCGAGAAGUGGAGUGGCUGCUGAUGAGGAGGGGCAGGCAGCACCCUCACAGCUCCUCGACUGUGCUGGCACGGAAUAUUCAUUCCCGUCUGCACUCUGUGGCAUGACUCAAGUGGCAAGUGCUGUAGCCAUCUGUGGCCUGGGGGACACAAAGGAGGACAAGUACCCUGCAACUUCCAGUGGACUUCUGUCUGCUGCUCAGGCCUCUGCAGCCAUCACCCUGCAUUGCAGCUUAGCUGUAGGAAGCAGCAUGGAGAAGCUGAAUGAGAGCAUUGCCGAGGCGCUUCUCAAAGAGGCAUCCGUAAUUCUGACAAAACCCAACACAUACAAAAAUGUAGGGCAUUUUAUGGAAUCCAUGAACAGGAAAAUUAUUGAAACAGCAGCAAGACCACGUAUUCCACGUGCUGAUGGAGUGAUCAGGGACGAACUUGCACAAAACUUAUCCAAUAUUAUUCUACGACAUUCUAUGGAAGAGGUUAGGAAGAAGAAACAGCUACAAGCCCAUUUAGAGGAUGGCUCAAGUACACAAGACAUUUUCACAGAGACUGCAAAUGAGUUACUUUUUAAUAUAAUAUAUUUCACUUGCAAGAAGAUGAACGACAUAAGGCAACUUGAAGAGUGUUCUCCUCUCUUUUCUGAAGGCACAAAAGCAGAGAAAGUAACAAGAGCAGAAGGAUGGCCAACAGCCUGUGAAACUUCACACAGCCCCCUUGAUCACUCUGCUGCUAAGCCAUUUGGUACAUCCUACAGCACCAGUACUAGCAAAGAUCUUGAAAAGGUCACAAGCACUUGCAAGAGUGAGUUCAAAGAUGUAAAUAGCAAUGAAGUUUCCACACUGAAUUCAGAACCAAGUGGAGAUACAGGGCAUAACAUACUUGGUGCAAAAACAUCUCCCAAGAAGAGAUACCUGAAAAGAACCGCACGAGACUGUUACAAAUCCCCAAAUCAGAGUAACAAUCAGCAUCAGAAGAAAGACUACAGAUCAUUUUCAGACAGAGAAAAUACUCUUGCAAACAGUGAAUGCAGGCACGGUGUUCAAGAACAGCUGUCUUCCAGUGCCACCAUAAAUACAGAAAACCAAGCCAAGAUUAAGUGUGAUUCUGUGCUAAAUAAUGAUGUUCAACUUAGCUUGUCUUUGUUAGGAAACCAUGUGUUGCUUCCUUCUCAGCCUGUGCUACAGGUGAAAAAUUCAAGGGACAAAUAUUGUAUAACAGACUUUGCAGAAGAAUUGGCAGAAACAGUUGUCUCUAUGGCAACAGAAAUAGCUGCCAUUUGUCUAGAAAAUUCAAAUGGCAAGCAACCCUGGUUCUGUGCGUGGAAGAGAGGCAAUGAAUAUCUGGUGACCCAGAGUUUAUCAUGCAGAACCAUGAAAAGGAAGAAGGAAACCCAUACCAAUGGUUCUGUGGUUCGGAAGCACAGGGCGCCUCGGCUUAGUGAGAUCAAAAGAAAAACAGAUGAGCAUCCUGAGCUAAAGGAAAAAUUGAUGAAUCGGGUAGUAGAUGAAUCUAUAAACCUUGAGGACACACCAGAUUCAGUCAAUCUCUUUGCGAAUGAAGUGGCUGCCAAGAUCAUGAACCUCACUGAACUCUCCAUGGUUGAUAGCAUCUGGCAAGGUCCAAACCACCCCAGGAACAGACUGCACUGUGAAAGGUGGAGCCGAGCCAAGGCCUCAAGCUGUGAGAGCAUACCAGAGGAGGACUCAGAUUCCAAAGCCUCUUUCAACACCCUAGGCCUCAUGAACAGCUUUGGUCACUCUCUGAGCCAGACAAGUUCUGUCUCAAAGCAGUCUAGUUGUGAAAGCAUUACAGAUGAAUUUUCAAGAUUUAUGGUGAACCAGAUGGAAAACGAAGGAAGAGGUUUUGACUUAUUACUGGAUUAUUACGCAGGAAAAAAUGCAAACAAUAUCUUAACUUCUGCCUUGCAACAGGUAGCCAAGAAAAAUGGCCAUCUUAAUGUAAGACCAAGUUGCCCAUCCAAACAGUCCAGCACAGAAAGUAUAACAGAAGAGUUUUAUAGGUAUAUGCUAAGAGAAAUCGAAAAGGAGAACAAAGACAAUGCAUCAUGCUCUCGGAAUUCAAAGGACUGGUGUGGCAGUUUGCUGGCACCCUCUCUGCGGUCACCUUUCUGCUUCAGGCAGUCAUCAAUGCCCGACAGUCGAUCCUCAGGCUCCAGGCUUACAGUCAACGUCCCAAUAAAAGCAAAUUCCCUGGAUGGGUUCGCCCACCACCGCCAAGAUUCCCUAAGUGUCCAGUCCGUCAGUACCGUGGCUUCUGCAGGGCUCUGCAAGUCUGACUCGUGCCUGUACCAGAGAGGCAAGACUGACCAGAUCACAGACAUGCUGAUCCACGAGACCUGGGCCAGCUCCAUCGAGUCCCUGAUGCGCAAGAACAAAAUCAUCGCAGAUGAGACAGAGGCUACAGAGGCAGACCAGUUUUACAGUGAUUCUCCACCACAUGUGGAACAGUAUGCAAAAAGACUGGCUGCAAAUAUUGUUGAAAGUGGUAAAAGUUUAAUUGUUGUCCAGCAGGAUUCCUUUGAUUAUACGAGCCGAGAACACGUGGAAAGCAAACAUUCCCAAAGCACAACCCAGAUACAGCCCAAACCCAAAACGGAGGAAGUAAAUUUGGAUGAGAAAAAAGAGCACAUGAAGAGCCCUGGAAGCCUCCCUGCAGGACAGCUCAGGGAAGUGCCUUUAAUUCAGAUAGAAACUGAUCAACGAGAUGAGCCAGAUAAAGACUCAGAGUCCUUGACUUCAUGUGGCCCAUCUGGAAAGGGGGAUCAGAGCAAAGAAAAGCCUCCAGCAGCUUUGGAUGGGAAACACAUGGUUUCCAGUUCCCCAGUAAGUAGCAGCAGCCCUCAGAGCAGAUCGGAUGCUGAAAUCAUCGGAGAGACCAAAACAGCUGAAGAAUUUCCAGCCCAUCUCAGCAGCAGUGAAGAGAGCACUGGCAGCUGGUCGCAGCUGGCCAACGAUGAGGACAACCCUGAUGACACCAGCAGCUACCUGCAGCUCAGCGAGCGCUCCCUGAGCAAUGGCAACAGCAGUACAACUAGCAGUCUUGGCAUUAUGGACCUGGAAAUUUAUCAGGAGAACGUGCCAUCUUCUCCUAUGAUUAAUGAAUUAGUAGAAGAAAAGGUUUUCCUUAAAGAACAGACAGAAAACACUGAGGAAAGUACUUCUGAGCUUUCAGUGGGAACAGCGAACUGCCAAAAGGACCUCCUGGUGAUAAACUUUGAUCUGGAGCCAGAGUGCCCUGACGUGGAGCUGCGAGCCACCCUGCAGUGGAUUGCUGCUUCUGAACUUGGAAUUCCAACUAUCUAUUUUAAGAAAUCUCAGGAAAACAGAAUUGAAAAGUUUCUAGAUGUGGUGCAGUUGGUGCAGAGGAAGUGCUGGAAGGUGGGGGAUAUCUUCCAAGCCGUGGUGCAGUACUGCAAGCUCAGCGAGGAGGGCAGAGAGAGCACACCCAGCCUGUUUGACUGGCUGCUUGAGCUGGGCUAACAAAGCUCCUGGUUCAGCUCUCCUGUUUUAUUCCAGUUUAAAUAAGCAGUGGUUUGUGUAAUGCUCUGAUUUCUGAACAUCACUGAAUAAAAUGUGCAAAAUGUACAAACUCUA